GAGGACACUAUGCUAGAAUCUGUGUUCAGAUCGAUUUAGAGAAACUUUCAGUCCAGCAGUCGGCUUCUCUUCCUGCGCAAUCUACCACCCUGAAGCCUACGAAACCCAAAGAUGAGUGGAGGACUGUUGUUUUUUCAUGAAAAAAGAACCCACGACAACCGGUAACUCCCAACAGAGGUAAAAAAGCGAUGGUCGCGGUGCCAGGUAAGUAUUCUAACUCUUCUCCCCCCAGAGCAUCUUCACCUAUAGCUAGCGGCAUAGUUUCUCCUCUAUGGCAGCAACAUUCAAUUGGGCCCCUUCGGGUCACUCAGCUACUAGGGCCUUUUUGGGCCCCUCAAGAUCACCCCACUAUCUCUACUAAUAUUAGCACCCCCCCCCCCCCCCCCCUAAGAAAUGCUGGCCUUCAGCUUCACCCUUCUGGGCUUGUAGACAAAAAUAAGCCCAGUUCUUCUAACCUGGGUGUAAAUCUCAGGCCCCUCUCUUUGGGCCUAAAAGUAACACCUGAGUCCAGGUCUCAUCUGUCUCUUAAUAAAUCUCUUAACUCUACUCAUAAUUCAAAUAGUACCCCUUCUAACAAUAGUUAUGAGAUAAAUAAAAAGGAGAUUUCCAUGAGGACCCACUCUAAUCAUCUAAUGAUUAACCCCAUGAACCUUCGUAACUCUCCCCCUACGCCGGCAAAAAUCUCUUCCGCUUCCCCGGGGGAUUUGAUUGAUAGUAGCACUAGCGCAGACAAUGCAUUCAAUGCUAUUAAGUUGUCCAAAGCCAAGUCCCUCCACAUUCCUCUUCAGCUUCCUAAUAUUAACAACCAAAUGAAAACCAUGAAAAAUAAUUCUCUUCAUCAAAAUGAGCUUUCAUCCUCCUCCAAACAUGAUCACCUUGAUCACAACUAUCCAUCUACACCUGCAGUGAGAAAAGGGAAUCAGAUGACAAUACUCAUUCAAAACCCGAGCUAUAUGGCUCUAUUGGCAAUAGAGUGCCUCAAUCAGGGUCUUCAACAGUUUUGUCUGAAUGUCUAGAUGGCAACAUUGAUACAAAUUUUCAACCCAAACUUUCACGGGGAACUAACUCUAUCGACCAUAACAAAAAUGAUGAGUCUCACCAACUCAAGCCUUCCUUUCUUCCCUCUUCUGAACCCACUUCUCUUAACUCUGGGGCCUCAUUUUGUGAGACCCAAUGGGGAAAACCUCUUCCAGCUAAAUCAAACUCCUUUGAGUAUGACCCUUUCAUGUACGCCCCAGAACAUAGAAGUCGCUAAAAGAGAAAAGACCUUGGAAGCUCUGAGGGUGAGCAACAGGGAGAUGGAAACACUCUUAGAUCAACUGAGGAUCCCCAUGACGGAUGCACUCACUUUGAAAAGGCCUGUAAACCUAGUCUUCGAGGGUCUUGCAUAAGAGAUGGUCAUUGUUCUCUUACCCCGAGACAUUUCAAGAAUGGAAAUAGGCUUAGGUAUUUCAAACCCUAUGAUAGGGGAUCAUUACAAAGACAAGAUUUCCUCACUCUCCAGGAAGAGGAAAAACAUGGAUCAACCGAGUUCCUCGAAUUUUUUAAGGAAAGGGAAAACAGUAUUACAUGAGAAUCCCCAUCCACCAAAGAUAGUGAUACAGAAUUUACUAAUAUGGAUGCUAGAGGGGAUAAUAAUGCAAAAUUUAUGAGGAACUAUAAGUCUUUAGUAGAUAUCCACCAACCGUCCAUUCUUGCUCUCUUAGAGACUAAAAUGUCUGAUCAAAAAGGACUAGCUGAUGAGUUGGGUUUCCCUUGUUUUAUCCAAUCUUCUGGCACUAGUACCUUUAGGGUAUGUUCAUCUGCUGGAAGGAUGAUAACAUCGCCAUCAAAGAUAUCUCCAUCUCUUUCCAAGUCAUCCAUGUUACUGUCAAGGUGAGUUUCCCCCCUUCUUGUUGGAUUUUCAGUGUUAUUUAUGCUAGUAAUUUUCCCCCUUAGAAUAGUUUUGUGGGACCAAUUAAUGUGUUUAGAUGACUCUCUUCAGGCUCUUGAUAGUGAUUGCUGGAUACUGGGUGGGAUUUUAAUGAGCUCUUAAAAGCUUCUGAGAAAUUUGGGGGUAGUAGUAUAAAUCUUGUUAGGUCUUCUUUCUUCUGGGAAUGCAUAAAUCAUUGUAAGCUUAUAGACUUAGGAUUUAAGGGUAGUAAGCUCACUUGGUCUAACAUGAGAUUAAGCAUAGACAGAAUCUUAUUUUGGAGAGACUUGAUAGAUUUUUUUCUAAUGACUUUUGGAUUCACCUUUUUUCUGAGGCUUCAGUCAUUUACUUACCUAGAACCCAUUCUGAUCACUCCCCCUUUCUAUUGACCUUUUUUAGACCUACCCAGACCAUCCCUAAGCCUUUUAAGGUUGAGUCCAUGUGGUGCUACCAUGCUAAUUUCCCUAACCUAGUGUCCCAGUUUUUCCCUGAAGGCUCCAGUUUUACUGGAGAUAUUUCUGACUUUGAAGAGGUUGCUAAAUCUUGGAAUAGAACUGUAUUUGGUAAUAUUUUUCAUAAAAAAACAUCUCUUAGCUAGGUUGGCAGGUAUCCAAAAUUCUCCUAACUAUCCCACAAGCUUCUUUAUACAUAACCUUGAAAUAGAGCUUACCAGACAAUAUAGCUCUAUUCUCAAGAAUGAGCAAGAUUUCUGGAUGUUAAAAUCCAAAAUAAACUAAAUUAUGAAAGGGAAUACAAAUACUAAAUUCUUCCAUUCCUCCACUCUUAAUACAAGGAGGAGGGACAGAAUCAACUCUCUUAGGAGCAUGGUAUUUGGAUCCAUGAUCAAGUUGGUAUCAAGGACACCAUUCUGUCUUUCUAUACUUCUCUUUUCACUACUAAUCAUCUUAGUGCCAAUAUUAUAUGUCAGCUCAAUCCUUCUCUAUUCCCUUCUCUGCUCACCCUCUUCUUGAUUUUAUCCCUUGCUUAGCAGAGAUUAGAGCAGUUGUCUUCUCCUUCAAACCUUUCAAGGCUCCUGGUUCUGAUGGAAUGCAUCCCUUCAUGUACCAAAAAUUUUAGGAUACCUUUGAUCCUCUGCUCCUUGACUUCUGUACAUAGACCUUCUCUAAUGGUAUUAUGGAUACAAAAGUCAAUUUUACAUACCUUUGUCUUAUUCCUAAGUAUAGAAAUGUCAUAACUCUUUAAACUUUAGACCUAUUGAGCUUUGCAACACUCAGUAUAAGAUCAUUACCAAAAUCAUUGCAAAUAGAAUCAAACCUAUCCUCCAAUCCAUAAUUGGUCACACUCAAGCCAGUUUUCUGUCUAAAAGAAGAGCUUCUGAUAAUGCCAUCAUUGUACAAGAAUAUAUUAAUUACUUUAGAAGAAUGAAAGGAAAGAGACAUAAUAUGCUUCUAAAAAUUGAUCUUAAAAAAUCCUUUGAUAGGCUGGAAUGGUCCUUCAUUAGGCAAGACCUAGUUUAUUUCAAUCACCCCGGACUCUCCAAACUUAUCAUGUUCUGCAUCUCCUCCUCUUCUAUUUCCAUGCCUGUUAAUGGAGGCUACACCUAUAGUUUCAAGCCUUCCAGGGGUAUAAAACAAGGGGAUCUCCUAUCCCCUUAUAUUUUCAUCCUUUGUAUGGAGCUCCUGUCUAGAAGGAUUAAUCAUGAAGUGGACGCUCUUCAGUGAAAUCCCAUUCAGAUUAAUCAUAGAGGGCCAAAAAUCUCCCACUCUUUCUUUCGGAUGAACUUACCCUAUAUGCUAAAGCUGAUAUUCUUAACUGCACUAUCAUUGUUAGAACUCUAACCAGCUUCAGCACUUACUCUGGCUGAAAAGUAAAUCUCACCAAAUUUAAGGUGUUUUUCUCUUAUAACUAUCACUCUUCUACUAAGGAUCAUCUCUCUUCUACUCUUAACAUUAAGGUCAGCAACUGUUUUGGGAAGUACUUGGGAUUCCCUAUGUUCCGUGACCCUUCCAAAUUCAAUGACUUUCAGUUCAUUCUUGAUAACUUGAGCACCAGAUUAGCUGGUUGGAAGGUUAAAUUCUUAAACAUGACCGGUAGGACCACUCUUGCAAAGGUCAGUCUGGAAGUAUCCCCAACCAUGUCAUGCAAUAUAUCCUUCUGCCUAGAAAGAUACAUAACCUUAUUGAUAGGGAUCAAAGAAACUUUAUAGAGGGCACUACCGAAUCCAAAAAAAAUGCACAUGGUUUUUUGGGACACUAUCAUCCAACCCAAACACUUGGGUGGUCUGGAAAUGCAAAAAUCUAGUAUCAAAAAUGACACCCUACUUUGCAGCUUAUCCUGGAGACUGCACUCAAAUCCCUCCCCCUUAUGGGCUAGUGUUCUUACCCAAAAGAACAUUCUUAACACUAGAAGACAUAUCUCCUCCCAUUCUAGAAUCUGGAGGAAUGUUCAUAGAUUUUGGAACCUCUACCAUGAUCUUUUCCAUUAAUCUAUCAAUAAUGGCACAAAGAUAAUAUUUGGAGACAUAGAUGGGUCCCAAACCACCCCCUCUAUGCUCCAUUAUUCAAGGACCUCUCCCCAAACCCUGUCCCUCCUUGCAACUUUCUUUCUUUUGGAAAAAUGAAAAUUGGAAUUUUGAAUCCCUCCCUUUUGACAUUCCCAACACCAUUGGAUUUGGCAUCAAAAACUCCUUCUUGCCAAAAUAUCAAAGUCAAUAUGAAACUCCUCUCUGGCUCCCACGAGCAAUGGAGUCUUUUCUUGCAAAACUGCCUACCACCACAUAUUCUAUUAUAGGCAACACUCAAGUCAUAGGUACCCUCAUCUCGGUUGGAUUUGGAAGCUUCAAAUUCCUAAUGAAAUCAAGUUCUUUCUUUGGCUCCUUCACUGUGAAAACUUUCCCACUAAUUCUACUUUGGCCUACAGGGGUUUAAACAUUCUUCCUUACUAUCAUAUUUGUAAUCAUUAGUUGGAAGAUAUACAACACCUCUUCUUCAACUGUUCUCAUGUUGUAUCUUUCUGGCAAGACCUUAUUCAAGGUUAUAAUGGAGACAAAGCCAUUCCUCACCAUCUUUUCCAUCCUUCUCUAUGGAAUAACACUUGGAAGUUGCUUAAGGAUUCUAGUUAUGACAACCUUCUUGACUGGGCAACUUUACUUCCCUUUUGCCUUUGGACCAUCUGGAAGAGUAGAAAUUCUAAUGUUUUAAAUAAUAAAUCCUUACCCCCGUCCUUCAAAAUGGCCUACUCAGAGGCAGUCGAAUUCUUUCAUCUAAAAACUCACCCAAUCCCUAAGCUAAAUAACUCUAUAGAAUUCCACUGGAUCUCAUACCCAAGGCACUUCUAUAAGCUCAAUACUGAUGGGUUUAGUUUUGGAAAUCCUGGUAGGGGUGGAAUAGGUAGUGUUAUAAGGAACUCGAAUGGUGAUUGGAUCUUAGGCUUCUCACAGAGUUUUUUGCAUGCCACUAACAAUUUUAUGGAACUUGUAGCUCUUAGAAAAGGCCUGGAGCUAGUCUUGGAGCAAAAUCUUCACCCUAUUGUUAUAAAUAUUGACUCUGAAAUUGUGAUCCAUAUGCUUUAAAAUGAAAAUCCACUCUUUAACCCUUACAUUCAUGAUUGCAGGUUGAUGCUAAAAAGACUAAGUGGACUCCCUGUCCAAUAUAGGUAUCGAUAACAAAACAAAGUAGCGGAUGCUCUAGCAAAGAAGAUUGACAGUGGUGCGAAAGAUGGAGUCGGUUGAUACGAUACUAAAAUAAUUGGCAGUUGUUAAAUGGAGAGUUUGGAUAUUAGCAUAUCUCCUGAUUUAAGUGACUUAUUAGAUGAAGAAGAUGAAGGAUUGGAAAAAGUUCGCUAAGAGCAAGACAAGGAGUGGAUGACUUUGUGUCAACUAGCACGUAAAUAUAUUUUGACGUAUUGCGAAAAGUACUUAUGCAAGCAACCUUGUCGUACAUCAAAGCGCUCCGGACAUACAUUUAUUCAAGAGAUAUUACGAGGAAAUGAAACCCGUUGUUAUGAAAAUUUUUGAUUGAAGAAAGCGGUGUUUAUUGAUUUAUCCAAUGACUUAACCGAAAAAUAUGGGCUUAAAUCCACUCGUGGAAUUUCUACACACGAAAUGUUAGGCAUGUUUUUGAUGAUUUGUGCACAUGGAGCGGGAAAUCGAAUGAUACAAGAAAUCUUUCAACAUUCUGGAGAGACGGUUCAUAGACACUUUCAUAGUGUUUUAAAUGUUGUUUCUAAGCUUGCAAGAGAUAUCAUUAGACCACGUUUAAAUUACAAUGAUGGUGUAGGAGCUCACAAGCCAUGCAACGAGCGAUAUUUGCCCUUCUUUAAAGAUUGCAUUGGGGCACUUGAAGGCACACAUGUUAAAGCUAGAUUGCCGCAAGGUCAAGAAAUUCCGUAUAUUGGUCGUAAAGGUUAUCUGACUCAAAAUAUUCUUGCCGUUGUAGAUUUUAACAUGUGUUUUACAUUUGCAUUGGCUGGGUGGGAAGGAUCGGCUCAUGACAAUCGUAUAUUUCGUGAGGCUCUUCAUAGACAAGAACUCAACUUUCCACAUCCGUUGAAAAAUAAAUAUUAUCUAGUUGAUUCUGGAUAUUCACACACGAAGGAAUACAUGGCUCCUUACAGAGGAGAUAAUGUGAGGUAUCACCUUUUUGACUUUCGACGUGGUGCAACACGACAAUUGCGGGAGCGAAGGGGACGCAUUGAAAAAUUUAAUUAUUUGCAUUCUUCUUGUAGAAACAUAGUAGAACGCACAUUUGGUGUAUGGAAAGCGAGAUGGUCUAUUUUGCGCCACAUGCCUUACUAUAACAUUGACACUCAAAGGGAUAUUGUAAUUGCUACUAUGCCCAUUCAUAAUCACAUUAGAAAAAAGUGCAAUGUGGAUAAUGCAUUUCAAACAGCUGAGAAUGAAAGAUAUAGUCCAUCGGUUGAUUUUGAUGUAGGCACAACUUCAACGGCUAACAAUAUAGACGACGAAAAUGUGAGUGAGGAAAGUAAUGUGCAUUGGGUGUGGCUUCGGGAUAUGAUUGCUACUGAUAUUUGUAAUGCUUAAUGCUUGUACUAAUUGAAUAUUUUCACUUUUUGUAUUUAUGGCGAACUUAACUCUAGCCAUAUUAGUACCUCUUUUGUAUGAAACUAUUUAUCUAUUCUUGUAAUUAUAAUGAUUAGUAACAUGUAUAUUUUGCUUAA